CUCUUUCAUCAGAUUUCCUUUGGUACCUUUGGACCCGGAAGUUCAGGGAAACACCAACUCUUCCAGCGGUUUGUUAGUGGCCUCUUUCCAGGAGGUGCGUGUUCCUGAAGCUUCCACGUUUUUUGCCUCGGAAAGGAAGCCGCUUGGGGGCUUCCUGGAAGACCCACACCAGCAGUGAUGGCUGCCCCCACGCAACUGACUGAGAGCACCACCACAGUGGGUGGGCAAACCCUGUUCUACCGGCAGGCACAGCCUGCUCAGCAGAGUCCUCGGCUUUCCGUCUUGCUGCUUCACGGCAUUCGUUUCUCAUCAGAGACUUGGCUCAAUUUGCAGACUCUGUCUAAGCUGGCGGAAGCUGGAUAUCGUGCUGUGGCUAUUGACUUGCCAGGAUUUGGUCGUUCCAAAGAGGCUGUUGCCCCAGCUCCUGUCAGAGAGCCAGCACCCGGCAGCUUCUUGAAGUCUGUCUUCGAGGCCCUGCAGUUAGACCAGGCAGUGGUGAUCAGCCCAUCUCUCAGCGGGAUGUAUUCACUUCCAUUCCUCUUCCAGCACAAUGAGAUGCUUAAGGCCUACAUUCCGGUGGCACCCAUCUGCACAGAGAAAUUCCCAGCCACACAAUAUACCAGUGUCAAAACACCAGCACUCAUUGUAUAUGGAGACGAGGAUACCCAGCUGGGGGAAGUCAGCCUGAACAACUUGAAGAACUUACCUAAUCACAAGGUGAUGCUGAUGAAAGGGGCAGGCCAUGCCUGUUACCUUGACAAGCCAGAUGAGUGGCACCUUGGGCUGCUAGACUUCCUGAAGAGCAUAGAGUGAAGAGUAAAUUGGCUCUGCAACCUCCCCAACCCACCCAUGAUGAUCAGUGAUUUCCACAUCUCUCUGGUGUAUGCUUCCUGGGUAUUGGGAUCUCUCAAUUCUGUCAACAGCUAAACAGGACUGGAGUCCUUUUGGGACUACCCAAUAAUUUUAAAACUAAAAGGAUAUGCAAAUGGCUGAGGCUGCAUCCAAAGCACGUCCACUGCUUCAUGUUUCAUUAAUUGCAUAUUCAGAGUGACCCCACCCCCAACUUUUGCUCCCUUGGCCUUGGGAUACAUAAGGUCACCCUACAUUUCACAUAUAAGGAUCUGUUACACAAACAUAGUGAGACUUGCGUGUAAUUUUGCCAUUUCAUAAUCUGACACGAAAUCCACCUCUUUUUCAUGACUCACCCAUGAUUGUGAUAUUUUUCUCUCUUUUAUUUAAAUGAACACAAAAGCCAACAAACUCAUGAUGGGCUGGCUGAGACAGGUGCAGUAAAGGUGGGAUAAUGUACGUUUCCUCAACCAAAGAGCCCUUCAGAGUCAACCCUCACUGCUCUGUGGAAUUCUUUGCUAUCUUUGCCCUUGACAUCUCUUCCAGGGUACAUUGUCUUCACUACAGAACUUUUUGCUAUUUCACUCCUGUGGUGUAUGCACAAUCUCUGUCAGAACCUGUUUCUUCCUGCUUUGGGUGGCAAAACUGUAUAUUCUGUUACUCAGAGCACACAGUGGCAGCCAGGUGCUUUGUGACAAGCAAUUAUUAGGACUAAUGCUGACUUCAUCACCCUCAGUGACUUUGGAGAGAAUCAUCUCGUGGGACAAAACCUUUCCCAUCUCCUGGCCUGUUGCUCUCUUAACUGUGCAAUCUGAUGUACAUGUCACUCAGAAGUAUCAUUGAGUCCAAUGGAACUUACCCUCAGAUAAGAUUGCAGCUUAAGUCUCUCAAUGAUGUGUAUAUGUUAAAUACCAUCACCUCUUCUAAAGCCUGAGCCUUCCAAGAACAUGUUACUACCCAUUUUGAAAAAUUAUUGUUUUCUGUGGUUUUCAUGAUUACUGUCUCGAGUGGUUAAAUUAGACAGUCCUAAGAGGCAUCUUAGAAGUGUAACAUACAGUUAAUGGGACAUGUCAUAAUAUUGUUUGUCUGUGGUAGCAACAAUAGAUGGAAACAGCGCAAGGACACACUGUACACCAGUGUUGGGGAAUCUGUGGCCUUCCUUAUGUUGUUAGACUACAACUCCCAUCAUCCCUCACUUGCUGGCUGGGGCUGAUGGGAGUUGGGAGUCCAACAACAUAUGAAGGGCUGCAUUUUUGUCAUCUCUUCUAUACACCUUGGGAGAGACUGGAGGGAGGAAGCAUUGCUCACCUACUUCAAGGAGAACAUUCUGUUGCUGCUCUAUACCUGAAACAUCUUGGAUAUAAUCAAAGGGGCCCCUGCAUUAACAAAGAGAGUACAGACUUCGAAUAAUAAACUGCUGGAGCAGGAAAAUGAAUUAAAUUAGCUGUGCAAGUUCUACCUGGAUUUUUGGCGAGUUCCUGCUAAAUAACAUUUUUGUCAAAACUAAUUCUUUUUGAUCAAAUAAAACUCUUGAUUUAUA